AGGGAGAAAGCAGACAGUGGAGGGAGCGAGACAAUCAACCCACGAGAUCCACUACGCUCAAAACCAGACGAGAAAUAGUGACGGGUAGACAAUAAGGACACCCAAUUAAUUACGACUCUUUGUAGUCUGCUGACUUGCUUCCUUGUUUAGGGUAUCACAGACCUCAUUUAAAGCAUCUGCCUUGACUUCAGCAGGUUGCCAUGGCAUGGAGAUGACUUUGCUAAUGGACCCCAGAAAAUGAGCGCAGCCUUUCUGUCAGCUCUGUUCAACCUGUUUUGACUUUCAAAAAAAAAUCCUGCUAUUUUUUCCAAACCACACCAAGCUGGAAUGGAUAAAUGUGGCAGAGGAAACUCACUAGAGCAGUAUCUAUGAACAGAAUGAGCUUCAGUGAACAAUUCGGGAUUGAUGAAGGCUCAGAUAGGGACAGCGAUGGUGAGGAUUUCUUCUAUGGAGUCCAGGGUCAUUAUGCCACUGACCUGAAUCGACACCCUCAGCUGGACAUAGAUGUUGGCGCAGUAAGAGACAUCUAUUCUGAAAGUGACAUUUCUGUAAGGGAGUAUGGGACCAUCGAUGAUGUGGACAUUGACCUACAUAUUAACAUGGGCUUCCUGGAUGAGGAAGUGGCAUCAGCAUGGAAAGUCAUCAGAACAGAGCCAAUCAUUUUACGCCUUCGUUUCUCACUGUCCCAGUAUUUAGAUGGACCAGAACCUACAGUGGAGGUAUUCCAACCAACUUGCAAAGAUGGCUUCAGUCUUGGGGUGCAGCUUAAAAGAAUUCUCAGCACGUUUAUAUCAAAUCAAUGGAAACAACUCAGUAAUGAGUUCUUGAAUGCACAACAGAGGAAGAGACACAGCUGGUUCAAAGCUGGAGGAACCAUCAAGAAGUUUCGUGCUGGACACAGCAUCUUCUCACCGAUAACCAAGUGCUCCAGUGUUCCUCUGAUCCAGGGCCCUGGGGUCAGGGGAAGGUCAACUGGCCAGGAACUGGGAGUGACCCGUUGCAUGAGUCGCUCCGUGUCCUGCACCAAAGAAGAGCUGCACACCUCCAGCCCCAUCGGACAUCAGAGUGUGUCUGUCCCGGACUCAAGAUCCACCAUGCACAUCACCACAAGGCAGCUGUUCUUCUCCUCACAAGCUCUCAUCCACUGCAAGAGCAUCCCAACCCUGGAAUACGGCUUCCUUGUGCAGAUUAUGAAGUACUCAGAGCAGAGAAUCCCCACUCUGAAUGAUUAUUGUGUGGUCUGUGAUGAACAGCAUGUCUUUCAGAACAGCUCCAUGCUCAAGCCAGCUGUUUGUACAAGAGAACUUUGUGUUUUCUCCUUCAACACUCUGGGUGUGAUGUCAGGGGCUGCGGAAGAUGUUGCAACUGGAGCUGAGGUAGUGGACCUGCUGGUGGCAAUGUGUCGUGCUGCUCUUGAAUCUGCCCGUAAAAGCAUCAUCUUUGACCCUUACCCAUCUGUCGUUGACCCUCAUGAUCCCAAGUCUUUGGCCUUCAACCCAAAGAAAAGAUGUUAUGAGCGGCUACAGAGGGCUCUGGACAGCGUCACGUCAAUUCGGGAAAUAACACAAGGCCCUUAUGUCGAAAUAAAGAAACAGAUGGACAAAAUGGACCCACUCGCACAUCCUCUGCUGCAGUGGAUUAUAUCCAGCAACAGGUCUCACAUUGUCAAACUUCCCUCGAGCAGGCAACUCAAGUUCAUGCACACCUCCCAUCAGUUCCUGCUCCUCAGCAGUCCUCCCGCUAAAGAGGCCCGAUUCCGCACUGCCAGAAAACUCCACGGCAGCACUUUUGCUUUUCAUGGUUCUCAUAUAGAAAACUGGCACUCUAUUCUACGAAAUGGACUUAUCAAUGCCUCCUACACAAAAUUGCAGCUGCAUGGGGCGGCCUAUGGGAAGGGAAUCUACCUCAGCCCAAUUUCCAGCAUCUCAUUUGGGUACUCAGGGAUGGGAAAGGGACAGCAUCACAUGGUUACUAAAGAGGAACUAGUACAACACUACAACCGGGUCAACACUGUCUUACAGUGUCGGCCCACACAGUCAAGGUUUCUUCAGAGUCGGAAUCUGAACUGUGUUGCUCUGUGUGAGGUAAUAACAUCAAAAGAUCUUCAGAAACAUUGUAACAUUUGGGUUUGCCCAAUUUCUGAUCACGUCUGUACACGGUUCUUUUUCGUGUAUGAAGAUGGUCAGGUAGGAGAUGCUAAUAUCAACACGCAGGACGUCCGGAUACAGAAAGAGAUAUUGCGGGUGAUUGGGGGAAAUCGACCUGACUGACUCGCUAAACUACUGUGAUAUUUAAGGGAGGAGCAUAUAAACUGGAUAAAGGGAAGGAAUUACCUCAAUCUAAGUGUUUUUGAUGAUGUUAACCUACUGGCACGUGUCUUUACAUGGAAAGAAAAGAGAAAAAAAAAUAUUGUAACUUUUUUGAUAAACAUUUUAUUAACUUAUUUCUCAUUUAGUUGCUAUUUAUGCCAUGUUUGCUGCUUUGUGUUUUCUACGUGGUGAAAAGUGCAGUUAUUGAAUUAGUGCUGAAAGUACGGAUGCUGUAAAAUUUCAAAUGUGACAUUCCCGUUUAUCCCACUGGGGGCUCUAUUUCCCAAUCAAAACAUCGGGAAAAAUUAAGCAUUUACAUCUGCUGUAAGUUAUGGACAAUUCAACAUUAAGCCUUAUUAAUUCCCCCUAUUGUCUGUAUAUUAUAGUGUAAUGCAGCCUAUACACACACAUCAGGUAUUUAUGCUUACUAUUUUCAUGAGAAUGUUCUGUUGACAAUCACUUGUUAUGGAUUGAAUCCUUGUAACAUGAAAUGUUAUUACUUCUGCAAUGCAUUAGAUUGUUCUCAACCUUUUUGACUCCAAGGCCCCCCAGUGUCCAAGGCAAUAUUUGAAGGCCCCCUGGCCCAAAAAAAAUCCAAUUAAGUUGGAUUAUUUUAAUAUUUCUUAUUUUAAAUUAAUUUUAAGUCAUCUUGAGGCCCACUGGUGGGUCCUGGGCCCCUGGUUGUGAACCACUGCAUUAGAGGACAUAGUGCUCGUAUGCACUCUAAGAGAGUCUACAGCAGAGAAGACUGCCAAUAAAUGACAGAUAACUGGUGAAGUUAUACAGUAUAGGUGAUAGUAGAUAGUAUGAUUCUACUGUAUGUAAUGUAAAUCUAAAGAGGAUGUAAAACUCAGACUUGCCGUCUUUCGAGGCAAUGUUGCAGUUUGAAAUGACCCACAUUUGUAAAUCAUCAGUUUUUUUAAUAA